AUGAGCCAAGUUAAUCCUUUGGGGCAUAAGAAAGCAGCACCAGGACAUCCUAAUUACAGCAGCAGUCCAGGUCUGUUUUUCACCCAGCUGCCUAGGGCAGAGAAGCUGUGCGGGGUGAGCUCUAGCAUGGGAAACAGGAAUGACUUCACGCUGUUUAAAAAAUUCAUUUUGUAUGAUUACUGUUAUGUUCGGGACUCUACGGUGGGUUUUGGUUUCAUUUUCUUUAAUGUAACUCUUUGUUUUACAGAUGAGGGCAGGAACGCAGUUGACCAUGCAGGUGGUGCACAUAUUGUAGUAGACCAUAUAAGGUCACUGUGCAGUAAAACAGAUCCAGCCAGUGAGAAGCUCUUGACUGUCUUUUGUGGCAUGCUGAUGAACUAUAGCAAUGAGAAUGAUACUCUGCAGUCACAGCUUAUCAAUAUGGGUGUUAUUCCUACAUUAGUGAAAUUGUUGGGCAUUCAUUGCCAAAACGCAGCUCUAACAGAGAUGUGCCUUGUUGCAUUUGGCAAUUUAGCAGAACUUGAGUCAAGUAAAGAGCAGUUUGCCUACACAAACAUUGCUGAAGAGCUUGUGAAGCUGUUCAAGAAACAAAUAGAACAUGAUAAAAAAGAAAUGAUUUUUGAAGUUUUGGCUCCGCUGGCAGAAAAUGACGUCAUUAAACUUCAGCUGGUUGAAGCAGGCUUGGUGGAGUGCUUACUUGAGAUUGUCCAGAAGACUGUGGACAGUGACAAAGAGGAUGAUAUGGCAGAGCUUAAAACAGCUUCUGAUCUUAUGGUUUUAUUAUUGCUUGGAGAUGAAUCCAUGCAAAAGUUAUUUGAAGGAGGAAAAGGCAGCGUGUUCCAAAGAGUACUUUCAUGGAUUCCUUCCAAUAGCCAUCAGCUACAGCUUGCAGGAGCAUUGGCUAUUGCAAAUUUUGCCAGAAAUGAUGGAAACUGCAUCCAUAUGGUGGAUAAUGGCAUAGUUCAAAAGCUGAUGGAUCUGCUAGACAGACAUGUGGAGGAUGGAAAUGUAACGGUGCAGCACGCGGCACUGAGCGCUCUCAGAAACCUGGCCAUUCCUGUUGUAAAUAAGGCUAAGAUGCUAUCAGCUGGUGUUGCAGAAGCUGUAUUGAAAUUUCUCAGAUCGGAGAUGCCCCCUGUGCAAUUCAAGCUGCUGGGAACAUUAAGAAUGUUAAUAGAUGCACAAGCAGAAGCAGCUGAACAGCUGGGCAAAAACGUAAAACUGGUGGAGCGAUUGGUGGAGUGGUGUGAAGCCAAGGAUCACGCAGGUGUGAUGGGAGAGUCCAACAGACUACUUUCUGCACUUAUACGACACAGCAAAUCAAAAGAUGUAAUUAGGACCAUUGUACAGAGUGGUGGCAUCAAGCAUUUAGUAACCAUGGCAACCAGUGAACAUGUAAUAAUGCAAAACGAAGCUCUCGUUGCACUGGCAUUAAUAGCAGCUUUAGAGUUAGUCACUGCUGAAAAAGAUCUUGAAAACGCUCAGCUUGUUCAGAUUCUGCACAGACUGCUCUCAGAUGACAGGAGUGCUCCAGAAAUAAAAUACAACUCCAUGGUGCUGAUCUGUGCCCUUAUAGGAUCUGAACCUCUUCAAAAGGAAGUGCAGAGCAUGGCGUUUCUAGAAGUUGUAUCAAAACUCCGCACCCAUGAGAACAAAACCGUUGCCCAGCAGGCCUCGCUAACAGAGCAGAGACUCGCUGUAGAAAGCUGAGGAAGGUCUCAUUUCCAGCACAUCCCAUCACAGAUUUCACCUUUGUCCUCUGUCCUGCUGCCGCUCCUGCUCUGUCUUCCACUGUAUCACUCGUGCAUGCGUGUAAUGUUCCCACACAAACUGAUGAACUGCUGUAGGUACUCAUCCAAAAAGGUUUCUACAAAUUCAUAGGUGAUGUUAACAUGAAUCUGUCUCCACCCGUAACUGUUCUACUUGUAUUCUUGUUGCUUGGGCCACAUAGUAGAAUGUGCAUGUUGUAGUCCUAUGAUGACGUAGAAGUGGUACUACACGACUCUUUCCUCACGCCCCUAACUGCGUAACAAUGUACUACUAAAUUAGGGACAGUACAAGAUGCAGCAAGUCCAGACUAGUGUGCUGACUCUAGGAUUAAAAAGUAAAUCUAGCUCCAUUUUUGGUGCUUUGGAGAUUCAGGUUUGAAUGCAAUGUACUGCUGCUCCUUCACUGGUCUUGCCUAUUAAUGUCAAACUCGUGGUACCUAGAGGUAAUAAAUAAAAAUUUCAGUGCUCUCACUUUA